AUGAUCAGACUUAUCUUUUUUUCCACGGUUUCCACGAGUAUUUCUUUGAGUUAUCGGAAAAUUCUUUUGAAUUCGUCGCUGACUGAGGCAUCUCGUCAAGGAGAUCGACUACCUCCGUCGCUGCGUCUGCGGAGGGUGUUGAUUUGUAUAUCUAUCUAUCUAUCUAUCUAUCUAUCUAUCUAUCUAUGUAAUACAACGUCAUUUACCAGUUGGAAUUUGAUUUUUAAAAUUGGUGGUGAUGGAACCAACGAUGAUAAUAAAGAUUUCUGCUUUACUCAUUCUCCAUUAUGGGUUAGUGAUCUAUCUAUCUAUCUAUCUAUCUAUCUAUACAAUCAGUUCAUUUUUUUCACUAUCAAAAUAUCUUGCAUAGUUUCUUUGGUCGGAGAGGCGCCGAGAAAUUGCGCUUUGUACAAUGGUUCUAUAAUAUUCAUAGAACGUUCAUCAACCAAAAUGGGAUUAACAAGUCCAUAUCUUUCUACAUCGGCGACAUUCAUUCCAACAACAGCUCGACCAAACCCUGUAUAUCAGUUUCUUAUUCAACUUUAUAAAAAAAAAGAACCCCUGACUCAGCCAUAUUCGAUCGACAUAUCUCUACGUGAUGAAAAGAAGAAAAAUGUAACUCUUUCUAUUCCAUCUCCAAAAACCAUAUCCUUUUUGCAGUCAGGGGUGCAGAUAGAGAAAGGAAAUACAACUUGA